CCUGAUAUAGAACUUGUGCUACGCACUUUACCAUGGUCAGCAUCUGCGGGCCGCGUGCUAUAGCACAGUGAGGUUGCCUUGAAAGCCACGUCAAUCUUGCAGUAGCCAAUCCAUAUCUCUGGGAGAGUAGAUCUGUUCAAAGAUCUUACAAACUCCCACGCCUGUUGAUGGUAAUGGUGCAGUAAGGCUCAAUUGCGAUACAGUUGUACUCGCCCAAGUCUACAGUAUUGAAGAAUGGGUGCACAAGCGAACCAAGAGUAUGUUAGACAAGUACUCCAUCGCACCGAGCCACCACCCCCGAUAGAGGCGCGAUUUUUCUAUACCAGCCCCCUGCCUAUAGACGAUCCAUUGUCGCCAGUCCCGCCGCCUACAAGCGGCAAAGCGGCGCCAAAUCAGCCACCGAAGCCUUUUUCGACAUACGACAACGCUGCGCUAGAUAAGGCAUGGCAUGAGCUCCGGAGAAAGAUUUUGAAGUACAAUGAGGAGCAUGAGGAGAAGCCUACUCUGGCUGAAGGGAGCCGAGCCCGAGCAGGCUCCCGGACGGUUCGUGAUGUUCGGAGUGAGAGGCGAAGCUCUGGCUCGAAGCCUGGAGUUCCACGAUCGAGUCUGGCGCGGCAGGCGGCAGCGAGUCUCGGCCAGGUAGAGAUGCGAACUGAAGCAGAGGCAUCCAGUCCACCACCUGAUGAGGCGCAGAGUAGUGCUGAGCCUGCUGCGUUGCCGGAUACCACAGGUACGCCGUUCAUUCGGGCACCAUCAGGCAAGCGCAUCGGUGAAAUGCGCACCAUGGAUGAGCGUCCAGCAAGGCCGAGACCACAGCAACAUGAUACGUAUACUUGGGAAGACGCCUCGCAUUUAGUCGAACACAGUCCUGCCCCAGAGAAACGACGGAAAGAUCCUACUCCACGGACAAGUGUACCUGUCGGCGUCUCCAGGCUGCACCAGGUGGAUAUGCCUGAGCUUAUCAUGCAGCCCAUAUACUGGGUGCCGAUACACGAUACCGCUCAGGUGGUGCGCGGUACAUGGUUCUAUCAAGACACCAUGCUGCCAGUGGAGACAGCUGUGGCUAAUAUGCUUGAAGCUGGGUACGUGGAGUUGCAAGUUUGGACGCAGACGUGGAAGGAUGAGCUGGAGUCGGCGGUGGAAGUUGGCGCGGCAGGAGAAGUGAAAAUCAUGCACAAGCUGUGGCCGGAGAAAGUGCCAUUAGCAUCGGAUAGUCGGCCCAGUAGCAGACGUGAGACCCCUGAGCAGCUACACGACAAGGCUGUCGAAGCCGCAUGCGACAUUAUUGACAUCUCUACAGGACCAGGCGGCGCAGAUAAUAAGGCAGCAGGCACGACCCUUUAUGGCCGGGGAGGGCCACCUCGGAGCUACACCCAUUAUGGUGUGAUAUACGCCAACGAGCGAGAAGCUCGACUACUGCAGCCUUCUCUACUGCCAUCAGCGUAUUACGGUCGAAGGCCGCUUGCAAACUAUAUCCGCAAAGGCCACAAGCUUGGGAUCCCUGUCGUGCGUGGCUUCAACCCAGGUGUAUGGGACAGACUUCAUCCAGCAAAAGCAACCACGACCACUGAGAGAGCGGAGCAAGGCGUGGCAACAUCGUCUUCGGGCGUGCCGCCUCGCACACGACGGAAGACCGACCCGGACCUUGCAAAAGCUGAACGGCCGCAAGUCACUGACCUCGUCCUCGUUAUCCACGGCAUCGGUCAGAUGUUGAGUCAGCGCAUGGAGAGCUGGCACUUCACCCAUGCGAUGAAUGCGUUUCGACGCGACGUCAACGUCCAGGUUGGCACGCCCGAGGUCAAGGCUCGCUUCCGUGAGGACAUGGGUGGGAUUAUGGUCUUGCCUGUGAAUUGGCGUCACUCGCUUACAUUUGAGGAAGGCGGCUAUCGUGAUGGUGCGGAUGCGAAUGAUUUCACUCUUGCUGACAUCACGCCCGAAACGCUGCCGUCUGUGCGAAACAUCAUUAGCGACGUUCUGUCAGACAUCCCGUACUAUCUAUCGCACCACCAGCCGAAGAUGAUUGCAGCUGUUGUGCGAGAAGCGAAUCGUGUCUACCAGCUUUGGUGUCAAAACAACGCAGGCUUUGCAGACUAUGGACGAGUACACAUUAUCGGACACUCGCUUGGUAGCGUGUUAAGCAUUGACAUACUGUCACGGCAACCUACCGUCCUCCCGAAGUCGCUGCACGACCCGGCAGCAAUUGACAUUGCUAACGAAGACAUCGAUCACUUCAUCUUCAACACCUCCAACCUCUUCCUCGCAGGUUCGCCCGCAGGCUUCUUUCUGCUACUGAAGAAGGCCCAACUUCUUCCUCGACUGGACCAACCAUCUGCAGCCGCCAACGCCGACCCAGCCUCGAACCAACUUAGCAUUUGCGGAGAGCGAGGGCAGUAUGGCUGUAUAGCUGUUGAGAACCUCUACAACAUCGUCAACGGCUACGACCCAGUCAGCUACCGCCUGAAUGCCGCCGUUGACGCCAGUUACUCGGCCUCCAUCAAGCCUGCUUACAUCCCAACAUCCACAGCCGGCUGGUUCGGGGCCCGUGGCAGCACGACUUGGUUCGCUGGGGCCGGCUCAUCAACCGCCACUUCCAAGGCACCUACACUACCUCGGUUGCCGUCAAAUGUGGAGAUGGAGACGCACAAUUUCACGCGAGAGGAGAUUGCGGAGAAGCGGAUGUAUUUGCUCAAUGACAACGGGCAGAUUGACUACUUCUUACGGUACGGGGGAGGUCCGUUGGAGAUUCAGUAUCUUACGAUGCUGGGUGCGCAUAGCUCGUACUGGUUGUUGAGGGAUUUUGCAAGAAUGAUCGUGACGGAAGUGGGGAGGCCGCCAGGGAGGGAAGGAACGCUGUUCGCGAUGAGGGCUGUGAAGAGGAAGGUGCCGCUGAGUUGAGCGCUGCUAGCAUGCUUGCUGUUUUCGGUGCUGGAACUUCAACCCAGCCGCUUAAAUCAUCUCGCGAGCAAUAUUCGCGUCGAGCCUCGGUCCAACAUUGACUCGUAAGCAUCGUGGCAGGCGUC